CCACCUAGGGUAACCAUGGUGACACAUCUGUCACGUGACUAGCAACAUAAACAUCCUAUUGGCGCUAUGCUAGUUAGCUGCUCCGUUUCGACGCCGCUAUUUUUUAAGUUUGUUUUUUAGUAGUUUUGGAACAUAAACGUGGUAUGUAAAAGCAAUGGAAAAAGUGAAACUUAACGCGGCAGAUUUUGUUUUAGUUCCUGAAGAAAACACGCCUUGAAGAUGAGAAACGGAGCGUUCGUAGUCCGCUGAGCUGAAAAAAUGGGAGCAACCGCUUCAGUGUCGCUCUGUACAGAUGUGUCUUCGGUCAGAAUCUUGAAGGCCACUGCCAAGGUAAGCCCAGAGCCCAGUUCUCGGGACCACGUUCCAGAACCUGAAGUGGCAGCCAGAUGUGUGUUUGGUGUCGACUUGGAAAUUCUGAAAAAAGAUGGUCAGAUGGUGUGCGGAAUCCCCCUCGUGUUAAGAGACAUGAUGGAGUUCCUGGAGAAUAAUGGGAUGCACUACAGAGGCCUGUUCCGUCUGUCAGGUUCAGUGGUGCGGACCAGGCAGCUGAGGCAGAGGUGGGACUCUGGAGAGAAUAUCGACUUGCAGCAUGAAGGAGAUAUCCCCGCCGUGGCCUCUCUCCUCAAACUCUUUUUUCGUGAGCUCCCAACCCCUCUGAUUCCUGAACUCGAGCUUAAACAUCUGGUUGAUAGCCUCACAGGCUGUGCAGAUGAGAUGGCGAUGAACCAGUCUCUGAGAGAAAAUCUUUGCCUCCUCCCUAAUGACAAUCUGACAGUUCUGUCUUACCUCAUCCGAUUCCUGUCCAGAGUGGCUGCUCACAGCCAAAUAAAUCAAAUGCCUUUGGAAAAUCUGGCAACUGUCUUUGGACCGUGUAUAUUCCAUGUUGCAGAUGGACCAAGUAUGCUGGCGGAGCAGAGUAUGUGUAAUGCCCUGCUGCUCCACCUUCUGAGGAAUCACAAAUUUCUUCUCCAGCAUCUAGCUAAGGACACGACCUCUUCCUCCAUUAUCUCCUCGCCAACCCCUCCUCCAACUCUUUCUACCCCUUCAGACUUUGAGGAUCGUCCCAAGUCCUGUCACUCCCAGCAGUGGACUGUGAAGGAUUUGGAGGAAGAAUUCACUGUCUCAUUGAUUGGUACAGUUGACCAAGCAGCACAAAUGGUUUCUCAUUGCAACAGUCCUGACUCACUGGCGCUGAGUUGUGAAACCUGGUCUGAUGUCAGCAGUGGCAGCCAGCAGCAGAUUCCAGACCAGUUGGAUGAGAGCAGUGGAAGCACCGAGGCUGGCUGUGUGUUUUGUCAGACUGAACGAGGAACAGCACAGCAUCAGCGUCAACGCAAACCAUCUCAGUGCAUCCAGGAGGAGCCACAAGAUAUGGAGUGUACGACACCAGACAGGACUUUGCAGUAUGAGGUGUCACCACUUACCUCCAUACCAAAUAAGGAGAAGAAAGUCAGUGAAAAAGAAAGUGGAGGGACUCCUUCCUCACCUAUAGCAGAUGACUGUUCAGUGGCUUCCACAGAUCAAGGACAGGUUUCAACCAUUUCUGACGAAAGAGUCAAAGAUGGCAGCGCUGUGAAAGAGUCAAAGAGCUUGCUGUGCUUAACACAGUGUGAAAAAGAAGACAAAAGCACCGUGUUGGAGUUGAAGGGGCAAAUAGAAGGAGGAUGUUCUUUUGACAGACACAGUGAUUGUACAGUGGGGAUCAACAGCACUGACAGCCCUUCUCUAAAGGUACAGGCUCUGGAGGCUGAUGUAGGAUCUCCAGCAAUACCAGCAGCUUUCCAAGCUCAAGAGUAUCUACCUGCUCAACAGCAGCCAGUGUCUGAUGAGAGGCCAAACACGCUCCUCUUCCACCCGCCACCAUCAAUGACAGCAGUUCAUGAUCAGCACAACCCUUCACACUUUGCACAAAUCAUGCCCCCGCCUUCAUCAGAGGCCAGUCCUUGUCUGUCUGCUGCUGCUCUUUCUGAGGAACAGUCAGGAGAUGACAUCCAGCCCAGUCCACUAUCCUCCAACCCUGGCCCUGAUUCCAGCCCGCUGCUUUCUCAUAUCAUUACGAGCGACUGCCCCGUUCCCUCACCACGCUGCCCGAACCUCUGCUACAGUCUGCGCUACAACUUAGACCCCGAUGCUGCCCCAUCUCCACCAUGUUUACAGCAGAUUCGCAUGACUCGUUGUGGUGUUCAUUCACAGCCAGAGGAGGGCUCUGUUUCCAUCUCACUGCUGAACAGACACAUUCACACCCUAAGGAAGAGGAUCAGGCGUUUUGAGGAGCACUUUGAGCAGGAGAAGCACUACAAGCCAGCCCAUAACGACAAGACUGCCCAUCCAGAGGUCGCAAGACUGAUGAAGGAGCUUAUCAAGAGCCGCAAGCAGCUCAAAGACCUGAAGCUCAGACAAUCUAUAGAAGAUGGUCUGAUUCAGCAGGGAGGCAUCAGCCCACCAGCUGGACCCUGCAGGAGCCGCAUAGACCAGAGGGGGGCUGCACUGACAGGGACAGAGCUCCAGCAACUUCACAAUAACAGCAACACAAAGACCACCUUAGAGGAAACUGUCCAGAUUAUAACCAACAGACUGAAAGAGAGAAGGCGAGAGCUGGGCCUGCCUUACAGCAUUAAGGACAUGUCUCAUUUCCAGAUGACAAUGGAGAAGACCAGCCUGCAGAAGUGUUUGCUAUACUUCGAGAGUCUUCACGGCCGGCCAAGUACCAGACAAGAACGAACUUUGAUGAAACCUUUCUAUGAUCGGUACCGUCUUCUAAAGCAGAUGCUGCUUUCUCCUGCUGCCACAACCAUCAUUGCCACUAUUGAGGAAGAGGAGGGGUCUGAUGAAGAACGUCCCAAACAGCAAAGCCCGCGGCUGAAGUCUCCCAGCUGUGUGUCCUCAGACGAGUCACUGCGCUUGACUUUCUUCCAGUCAUCUGAAACACCUCUGGUGUCUCCCAUAGAGGAGGUCAAGGGUCUGCCACCCCAGGUCGUCACUAUGGCAACGCUACAUGAAGCCUCCAGACCAGAAUUACUGGAUCACCUCAGAAUGGUUCGACAGGAGAAGCGGAGACUUCACCAAGCACUUCGAGAGUUUGAGGACUACUUCUACAUUCAGACUGGACGGGCUUGUCAAAGGAAGAUCGUGGGCCGAUGGCGGAGGAAUACUGCCAGUACAAGAACCUCAAAGCGAAGCUCCGUCUGCUGGAGGCCCUACUCAGUAAACAACAGGACUCAACCAAGACCAGCUGAGUUACUCACAGUGGGAUUUUUAUCUAAGUUAAUAGGACUCAAAACGAUUGCAGGAAAUGGGGCAGAGAAGCUGGCGGGUGUGGUCUUGUCUCAUGCCAAUGUUGAUUAUAUAAAUGCUCUUUACAUGAAUGAAGCGACCGAUAGGAAUUGGUGACAAAAUGUUUGUUGACUUCCGAUUAUCCUUAUUAAGUCCUCAAACCACACCCAUCAUCAGUCAGGACGUAUCUCAUUAUGAACCUGAUGUAGCACUAAUGACAAGGUGUUGGUUGUUACCUAUUAGUUUAG